AUGGAACCAAUACUUGAUCGGAUCAGUGAAAAUAGCAAUCAUCCUUCUAAAGGCACCAUCACCAAAAGUGAGGUCCUCACCAACGGUGUCGCUGUCGUCAUUGCCAAUUCCCAGCUUGGUACCAUCGCCGUUACUACUGCGAUCUACCUGCUUUCGUCCGGCGAUCCGCGCUGUUUCAGGCGGCUGGUGAAUGAGGUCCGAAGCGCUGGGUUUCAGACCGAAGCCGACAUCCGUGUUGACUCUACUCAGUCAUUACCCUACCUCAAUGCGGUAAUCAAUGAAACAUUACGUCUGCAUCAUCCAACACCGGGAAGCCUUCCGCGCAUCGCCCCGGAUGGCGGGAUAAUGAUUGACGGCCACUUUGUCCCAAGGGAUACCGUUGUCGGAGUGAGCUUAUUCAAUAUACACAGACGGCCGGAAAACUUCACUUCUCCCCUCGAGUUCCACCCAGAAAGGUUCCUGAGCAAAGAAGACGAGCGGUAUGAUUUAAGUCUUGCAAACGAUCGUCUGGACGCCUUCCAGCCAUUUUCGAUGGGACCGCGGAACUGUAUCGGAGGAAAGUAA